AUGGCGCCGCUGUUCGGGCGGGAGGCGUGGGCGUGCGUGUGGCGCAUGGUGCAGAACGACCUCGUCCAUGGGUGGGGGCUGGACUGGAACUUCUGGAGGUGCGUGGACGAUCCUGAGGCGCAGAUCGGUGUGGUAGACGCGCAGUUCGUGGUGCACCGCGGCGUUGCCACGCUGCUCGCCCAGGGCAAGGCGGAGGACGGCGGCGGGGUCAGGGAGCGCCAGUGGGCCGAGUUCCACGCAUUCACAUGGAGACUGCAAGACGUUGAAGAGAAGGCCCACUAG